CAAUCCAGUCCUUUGAAAGAAAGCCAUGGCACAGACGUACCAGGAACGACAGUGGGUGAAUCUCCUCGAUUCCUGUCUUAAAAAAUCCAACCACAACUGCUGAAUAAACUUUAUACUAUUAAAAUAAAUUUUUUUUUUUGUCAACCAAUUAAAAUAAAAUUCAUUCUUAAUUAUAUAUAAAAUUCAGUAAAGAUAUUGAAUUAUUUACGUGUUUGUGCUAUUAAAAUUAAUAAUUUAUUUCUUUUUUUUUAAUUACUCGUCACCAUCAUCAUCAGCAUCAUCAGCCAAUCAGAUAAAUUUGAGUGCUAUUUUUCUCCUUUUCUACAUUUUUUGUUAAAAGUUCAUAACAACGUAGUUACAAUGUGAGACUAGUUUACUGCAGCAUUCUCUUUUCGUUGCCCUAUUUAAGCGAUUACGAUUUAAUUGUUAUUACAAGAAAUGAACUACCAAAAUCAUCCCAUACUAAGAUAAUGUAAACCCUUUGUUAUACAAGAGUUAAUCCUUUUUAAUGCUAACAAAAUCAUAUUAAGUAUAUCAUUCUUUAAUCUUUACCAAUAAUACUAACUAGACUUUGAUCCGUGCGGGUAUAUUUUUCAAAAAUAUGUUUCUAUUUGUUUUUCAUGUCAAUAUUAUAAAGGCUAGGUAAAAUACUCGAAUCUGAAAAACCGAAAUGAUCUCGAUCUGAAAAAGUAGUAUCAAACUCAAACCGAAAUUGAUUAAAUAUCUGAAUUAUUCAAAAUUUUGUUUUUGGAGAACCGAAAUCGAAUCUGAUCUGAACCGAAGUAUUCUGGAUACCCGAAUGUAUCCGAAAUAGAUUUAUAUACUUAUAUAUAUUAAUUAUUUUUAGAUUUAAUAUGUAUAAAAAUAUCUAGAAUAUAUAUGAUACUUUUAAGCUGGUUUAAAUACUUGAAAAUAUAUACAAACAAUCAAUAGUGAAUAUAUAAAAUAUUAAAAGUAUACUUAAAACAUCAAAAAUACUUAAAAUAAUUAUUGAUUCUCUAUCCAAAUAUUUGAACUAAAAUAAUUUAUAUGUUAAGUUUAUGUAUUCUGACAUAUGUUAUUCAAAUUUAUAUUUAAUAUAUUAUUUUGUUUAUAGUUUUUGAGAAAUUUAAAGUAUAUAAAUAUUUAAUGAAUUUUAAAAUUUUAAAAGUAAUUUAAAUGGAUUAUCCGAAUUCGAACCGAACCCGCAAAAAUCUGAAGCGAACACGAACUGAAAUUUAGAAAUAUUAGAAUGAGGCUGAAAUCUUUGACCCCGAAAACCCGAAACCUAAACGGACCUAAAUCGAACCGGAUUAGAUACUAAAUAGAUAGUUUCUCGUAAUAUAAUGGACUUUCAAAAUUUUUAAAAAAUAUAAGCCUAUUACUUUUUUUCUCUUAAUAUACUGUUAUCAAUGUUUCCAAACAAACCUAUUUUUUAAAACUACAAUCUAUGUUUUCAAACAAACUUUUUUUUUUAAACUGCGCAAUCUAUGUUUUCAAAUAAUUUUUUUUUAAAUUACAAUUUAUGUUUCUAAAUAAAAAAUUUCUAAAAAUUGCUAUACAUGUUUCCAAACAAACCUAAUUUAUACUUGAGUUUUAAUAAGAUAGAUAGAUGUAAUGUUAUCUUCUAAAUCUUCCGGUUCUUCUAGAUCUUCUAGUAACUUACAAGUUACGACCCGUCUUAUAUUCCUAUUACCAGAUUCGAGACCAGUAAACCAACUUCCAAAUAAAGAGAUAUGUUCCGUUUUAAUUUCCUGGUCAAACUGGGAGAUGAAUUCGGAUGGAGGAGGAGUACUUAAGCUCUGUUUACAGCUAAAUAAAAUACACAGCUAAAUAAAUACAGUGUAUAGGUGAAAGAUUACCAAAGAAGAUUAGGAUAUUUUCUUGUGAAAAGUGCCAUAAUGUAUGUAUUAAUUAGUAAUUAUUUAUAUAGAGCUUCAAGUUAUAGUGGUUGGAUAUAUUCCUCCACAAGAAGGAAGAACUCUUAUUGUAAAAUAUUAUAUCAAAAAGAAAAGAACUCUUAUUGUCGUAAUAAAAUCAUUUAAUUCUCCAGAAAGAUUCUUUUUUACUUCUCUUUUGACUGUGUGCUCUCUUCUCUUCUCUACUUUUUUGUUUUUUUUUGUUUAAGCUAUAUAAUAAUACUGCAUCCCACCAAAUUAUAGACUUUGAUACUUAAAUCUACAUAAUAUUUUUAUUUUAACGUAAUAUAUGCAAUCACUGUAGUAUUUCAAAAUGAUACUUGAGUUCAAAGUCAUUUAAAUCAUACUCUACAGAUGUAUUGGGGUUCUUGUCGUUGGUCAUGUUGAAAUUCGGACACAUUAUUUACACAUAACCAUUUAUAUACACACGAUUGUUAAUUGAUUUGAUUUCCUACAAAAAUAAAAUAAUUCGGAAUAUACAAAUGUAUGAAAAAAAUUGCACAUAACUAUUAUAUACCCCACUAAGGUUUUGGAAAGCUCAAUGAAAAAAAUAAACUACGAGAGACUCAGUGCAAACAAUUGAUUUGGUUGACAAUGUAUAUUAAUACUUGGAAGAUUUUGGUUCUUUGGUGAAAUGUUUUUGCAUGCAAAGUGGCGUGGACAGUUAAGUGUUUGGAGAAUUAUCUUUCGGACGUUAGGGUUCAAAAAUAGAAUGAUCUUCCGAUCAUAACGUGUAUUCUCCCAUUCUAAAGUAUUAUUGACCGCUCAUCAUUCUUUGGUCAGAAAAGUACUUAGGUCUAGACUUCUAUUUCAGGAUUUAAUUAGAUAGUAAAAUGAAAAUUUUCUUGGAAAAAUGAACGUGGUCUUAGUUAGGCAAGAGUUGCUAAGAUUGACGGGAAAAGAAAAGAAAAAGAAAGAAUGGGUAUGUUUGAUUUUCAUAAUAGUGAAAGAAAUUAAAAAAAGAAUUAUUAUAAAAGAAUAAAUUAACUGUUAUAUUAUUGGUUCGCUCGUUAAUGUUUUUGAUGAGCCAGUCCUUAUAAAUACAUCCGCAAACCCAUAUCUCAACUUAAAUCAUCAACACAUUAAACACAACCUCUAAUUUAAAACCUCUCUCGUCUCUUUCGUGUCUCUUCUUGUUCUAUUCCAAAACCAACAACAAUCAAGAACAACUACUAAUGGGAGGAAACAUACCACACAGUAGCAAGAGGUUCUCUCUCUUCAGCUUCUUUAAGCCACGAAAAUCUCACAGAGUGGAAGCAGACGCCUCUUGGGACGACAGCGUUUACACUCGCAAAGCUUUGGCUAGUGACGAAGACAGACGUUAUUGCGUGGCUGAGCCAGGUAUCGACCGUAAGGCUUCUGCCUUUAUCGCCAAGUUCCAUGCAACUCGUGUCUCUGAGUCUGAGCGCCAAACUAUCUCUCCUUACCAAUCCGAGAAGGCAUGAUGAAUAAUUUGAUUAUAUGUAAAUUGAUUUUUAUUUAUUUGAUGUGUCUUUAUGGGAGUUUAUUGAUUGUGUCGUAAUUGUUGUUAAUAAUCGAUGUUUCUUAACAGUUCUCUUCUUCUAGCUUCUCAUUCUUUUUUUCCUUAAUUGCUUUCAUCGUCUAGCUAGUUAAAUAAUUCAACUUAAAUCACAUCGACUGUUUUUGGUUGUGUACGGUUACUAAGUAUAUUCCAAAUAACAUUUCGACAAUUUGUAUAUAGUUUCCUCGCCAUAAUCAUAUAGAGAUGAAGAGAAGGGAACAGAACUAUAAAAUUCUCAUAAACAACAAAGUUUGUUUAACUUUUAAGAGUAUAUAGAACUUAUCACCAGCAUAUGUACAUUUCAUCUUCACCAAGAAUGAUAUGGAAUAACACGAUUUAGUGACUCUCCAAAACACUCAAAUUGAUCAGAAUGUAGCUUGUUGUGAAUCUCACAUUGACUAAGUUAGAACAUAAUCUAAUCAAAGUUUAGACCUAGCCAUUAAUUCAAUUUGGAAAGCCAUGAAUUAUGACAUGGCUAUCGCUUUGGUUUACAAGUAUGAGUACUUGCUUUUUUGGGCGUAGAAGAUCGAUCAUAUACUGAGAUCCAUUUAAGAUUAAAUAACAAAAAAACAAAGAUUUGAAGCCAGCCUGUAGAAUCUAUAACUUUAUAUGAUUGAUAUUAUUUGCAUGGAGAGGAGGUCCCUGUUAAGUUCUAGCCCUCACAUAAUGCUGCAGUCUUUUUGUACAAAAGGUACAUUUUAAGAGUACUUUGAUUCCUCUCCUUCUCUUUUGCUUCGCUUUGAGCCUUUAUGUUGGUUCAUACACUCUUACUUUUACUGCCAAUUAUUAACCACAAUAUUCCCUUAAACUUUAUUAUAUGGUUCCAUGUCUAGUGGUGUUUUUGAAAAAGGUUCCAAAGUCGAGUGAUCUCAUAGUAUUACCUAUAUAACUAAUGAUUCGUGAGUGUUUCAGUCUACGAGAUUCGAUCACCACAAAUAUAUAAAAAAUCACUCACAAUAGAAAGCAAACAAAAAAAGAGAAAGACUAACAAUGCAGCUCAACACUUAUUUGAUGUAUAUAAUUUUUGUUUAUAAAAAACGACAUACCUACGAACAUAAUCCUACCAAAGAAAAAUAUAAUUUUGGUUUAUAAAAUCUUCCCUAAAUUUGCCGACAAGAUAAAUAAAUAAAGUCAAAAUCAUGUUGAAUCUUAGACUCCUAAGUAAUAACUACUCAUCGGUCUGUAUUGAAUGAAUAAUAUGAGAGUAAUGCAUACCAUCUAUUUGCACACAACAUGCAUCUCUAGUCCACUCUUAAAUGUGUUCAACCCAAGGAUCUAUCCGCACCCCAAUAAAAUUACGAGGAGCAAAAACAAAAAUAGAAACUAAAGAAUAAAACAAACUAACGUUGGUCGAUUAGCUCUUGAGGAAAUUCCAAGAGCUCGAGCAUAAAUCUUAAAUCCCUAGAGAUCUAGGUUUACAUAUGUAUAUGCAAAAAGAAAAAUAUAUACUCCUUUUUUUUUUGAACAACCAAAAAAAAAGAGUUAUAUAUAUACUCCAUCAUUGUUUUUACCCACUAUUUUGAUUGUAAGCUUCUUCUUCAGUAAUUCUAAAAUAUAUAAUACGGAUGAAACUGAAGCUUUAUACUUAAACAUUGCAAUGCAAAAUUGAUAUUUUCUAUAUGCAAAGGAGAGAGAUUUAAAAUAUACACAAACAAAAGCAUCAUAA